UUCAGCACGGCUCUUCAUUUUAGGCUUCAUUUUACCCAGAAAAAUUACUCAGUGAGCCUCAAUACCUAAUUAAAAUAUUGUCUUGGUCCUUGAACUAAAACACAGUAGCCAUUGUAUUUUUUCAUUAUUUUUAGGCAUACAUUAUGGAAAGCCUAUUUAACAGUGAACUAAUAAGACCUAUCUAUUAAGAAGUUAAAUCAAAAGCAUGGAAAAUCAAAUGAAUUCCAGUGGUGAUCGCAGAAAGCGUUCAGAACUUGUAGAAUACUAUGCAGCUGAAAAGAAAAAGUGGGGGAAAAUGCCAGCUUCAUCUAAAUUUGAUCUGCUCAGCAAAGAAUUUGAUCCAGGACUCUACUCUCAGAAGCUAAUAAAGGAGUACAGCUUGAAGCAGCUACUCGAGGAAGAAGCUUCUCUGUCAUCAACAGCUCAACGUCUUGACUCUGACUGCCAGACGCUCGUCUAUGAACAUUAUGACAAGUUCCUCCAUGCCACUGAUCUUGUUCACAAGCUGAAGGAGGGUUCUAGUGAAAUGGAAGGUCAACUGAAGCAACUCCAGAGCAACAUGGCAUUAAUAACAGAUUCUUCAUCUGUUAUCACAGCCGGCUUGAAGGAACGACGAAGUGAGCUCUCAUCAUUGCUCAACGCACAUACCACCCUGCAGAAACUUGAAUUUCUCUUCCAACUGCCAGACAAGAUGGAUGAAUGUAUUUCUAAAGGCAACCUUAAAGAGGGCGUGGACUGCUACGUGAACACGUGCGAGGUGCUGCACCGCUACCGCCACCUCAGCUCCCUGGCCUCCGUGCAGGCUGACUGCGAUGCUGCUCUUGCCAGGCUUAAAGCUGCGUUACAUGAUACCAUUGCUGAGGGCACAGCCAAGUGUCUGAGCAAGAGCGUAGAGCUGCUCCUGCAGCUGGGGGAGCCGCAGCAGACUCUGCAGCAGAGCUUCCUGCAGCAGGCGAACAAGCGCCUGCACAGCGACCUCCGAGCCAUCAAACUUAUUGCAGAACCUAAACUCAGAACCAACAGAAGGACAAGUAUGGCGCCCACUGAGACGUUGUCAGAAGGAUAUGACUCGAGCACGGAGGAGGAGGACAAGUCCACCAUCAUGGAGGACGAGGAGCCUUCAAGUCUCACUUCCAGGGAUGGUCGUGAGCCUCAGCCUGAGAAGCGCUUUGAUGUUGCAGACGUCAGGCAGGGCAUCGCCAGCAGCAGCAGCAGCGUGGGCGCAGCAGAGGAGCUGUCGCGGCUGCUGUCCCACCUCGUGGCCAGGACGGCGGCUGACAUCAAGCAGCACCUCGCCUGUGUGUCGAUUUUCCUGAAGAGCGGAGUCACGUACAGCUCAGACGACUUGUUCCGCACGGAGUUUGUGCUGCGACAGGUGCGCGAAGGUGUCGUCGUCGCCUUCUUCUUCCACCUCGCCGACACGCUGGCUUCUUUUGCCACUCGAGGGCCUCAACAGCAUAGCUCUCCUGACCCACUUAGCCCCUCUGCUGACCCACUUAGCUCCUCUACUGACCCACAAGCCCAUUCUCUCGAUGCAGAAAAAAAUAGAAGAGUCGCAUCACGAGCAAGUUUGCAGGAAAGCAAUGGCAGAUCGGAAGGCAUGAAGGACGCUGAUGGGGGCGAGGGUUGCAGAACAAUUGUUAUCGGCAACCCCAUCGCUGCCGGCGGUGCCGCGGGUGGUGCCAGUGGCAGCCUCCUGCUGGUGCUCGCUAGGGCCGCGUGGGACCUGCAAACUUCUACAGCUCACUACCUGGUGCGUGAGUGCGACGAGGCGCUGGGUGUCGGCAAGCUCGUGGCGAGUGUGGAGGGCAGCGCGGCGCUGCUGACGCCGUCCGAGCGCAUCACGUCGCGCCUCAAGCUAGCUGCCCACGCCCUCCUCAACGCCUACGUCGCCAGGCAGGGCGCCCACUUCACGCAGCUGCUGGUGCGCAGCGUGGAGCUCAAGGACUGGCUGCAGUGCGGGGAACCCACGGCCGUGCGCUCCGUCAUCGCCUCCUUCAGGGAGGGCAUCGAGACCUGCGCCAAACAAGUGGGGGCGCUGUACGAAGAAGGCACGAGGAAGGAACGGUCGUCAGACUCGUCCAGGAGAACAUUCCAGAGCAUGUCCUCGCUGGUGGUGCGGCCGUCACCGACGCCCCUGGCGCGAUGGGGCGGCACCAACCCGCCCCUGACGCUGUCCAAGCUCUGGAGUGACCGCGUCGACGUGUACGCUCCCGUACUGCCUGAGAAGCUCGCCAUCGUCACCGCCGUGCUUAAAAUUGCGCUUAAAAGUCUGGAGGAAAGCCUGCGCGUGUGCACGCUGAGCACUGAGGGCCUGCAGCAGGUGCAGCUCGACGUGCAUUACCUCCACACGCACUUCUGGCUGCAUGUCUCCGACGACGCGCUACUGCAGGCUCUGCUGGACGCCGUGCUCACUGCCGCCGCCCUGCGCUGCGUUAAGCCGAGCCUGCUCGACGCAGGCCGCCUCGACCUGCUCUCCGACCUGUCCUGACCAUCACAACCUGCUCUCCGACCUGUCCUGACCACCUCUACCUUCUCUCCGACCUGUCCUGACCACCUCGACCUUCUCUCCGACCUGUCCUGACCACCUCGACCUUCUCUCCGACCUGUCCUGACCACCACGACCUUCUCUCCGACCUGUCCUGACCACCACGACCUGCUCUCUGACCUGUCCUGACCACCACGACCAGCUCUCCGACCUGUCCUGACCACCACGACCAGCUCUCCGACCUGUCCUGACCA